AUGAUGCUAAAAAUAGAUGAAGCUAAAAAUCAUGUGACCCAGAAUCAUGAAUUGAUAUUGGAGAUAACACCUACUACCUAUCUAAGAAAAAUUCAAAAAAAACUUACUACUCACUCAAAAAAAAAUACUCAAGAAAAACCCACUACCUACUCAAGAAAAAACCUACUACCUACUCAAGAAAAGCAAUACCCACACUCAUCCAAGAAGCA